AUGCCGUCGUCUUCCCUAGCAGACAACGCGAGGCUCCGCCCGCCAUCUUCUUCCUCGCUGCUUGUGGUGCUGCCGCCGCCGCCACCACCCGGUUCCGACCGAGCUCCGCCUGCGGGAGAUGGGUAAGGCGGCGGGGAGAAGGAGGGGGAUGUCUGCAGGCUUCCCUCCGCCGUCGCUGGCCCCUCCCGCCGCGCGCGGCCCCCUUUCUCCCCCUUGACGCCCGGCCCAUCCGCGCCCCCUGGGUGCCCACCCCCACAUGGCCUGAACUUCCCCGCCCCACCCACAGAAUCUGUGUUUCUUCGUUUUUUACGCUCGCUGUUUAGCUGGGUGGGGAGACGGGGGCGGUUCCCACUUGUGGCUUACAAGUGUUCCAGAUAAGACCUGUCACCUGUCCCUGUCCUCGGUCUUUUAAGAAUUAAAUGGCCUGGCACAAAAGGAAAAUAGGAGAAGGAAAAAGACACACUCAAACAUUUCCCCUGCUUUCUCUCUCCUUUACAGUGGUUGCUCGAAGUUUUGGUCUUGUGUGUUUACAGGGCCCAGGAGGGCUGUCCCUUUAUGGCAGGGGCUCCCAUUGCUCCCGCCCCCCAACCUCUCCAACAUUUUACUUUUUCUUUGUACACUCCUCUGAUUCUUUAUCAUUUUGGACCUGCUGCUCUUUGCCAUUUUGUCCCCUGUUGCCAGCAGGAGCCAAGUGCUGUUCAGAGUAAUUGGCAAACUAUCCCUGCUUGUCAGCAGCAGCUGUUAGUUUAUUGCUAUUGUCACACGAAGAUGCCUUAGGCAGAGCCAGAAGCUGGUCCGUCUAACUCAGUGUUGUCUGCACUAACCAACAGCCCUGCACACAAGCUUUGGCCCACCAAGCCAAACCCAGCUCCUUAGCUGUGUGCAGCUGUCAGAUGAGGGGUGUGAUAAAACCUUGAGGGUUUGAUGCCUGUCUGGGGUGCAUGUGGGAACUCCUGGUGACUGUGAUCUCCUGGCAGGCCACAAUACAUGGCUUGUGGGCUGUGUUUGGCUUGGAGAAUUGCUGGUUGCACAGACCUGAUGUAUAAUGUUAGGAACACACUGUAGCUACCUAGUUCUGAGUCUCAAACUACUGUUAAAUGGGCAACCUCAGAAGAUGGUGGACUCUCCAGGUUGGAUAGUCAUCUGUCAGGGAUUCUUUCACUGUGAUUUCUGCAUUGCAGGGGGCUAGAUGACCUUUGGGGUACCAUCCAGUUCUACGUCUUUGAUUCUGUUGGUCCAUCCAGCUCUGUUAUAUUGACACCAAUAGCUCUCAACCUCUUCAGUCCCUGUGUUUGAGAACCCACAUUUUCAUUUUAUGCUACCAAUUUGUACAGGGAUAGUGUUGCUGCUGCAACCAUGUUACAGAGGCCCAAUUGGCCUCCAUUAGAAGUCAGGCAUUUUGCAUUGCUGGUCCCAUGCUGCAGAACACUCUUCCAGCAGAGAUUCAGCAAGCAUCCUUCCUUUUGAUUUUUAGGUGUUUCUUUAAGACUAUUUAGUCUUAAUGCAGCUAUUGGAAGCUUUUUUUGACUCACCAGUCAUUUUAAUGAUUGUUUUGCCAUGGCUCUAAUGAAGUCUUAUUGCUGUACCCCACCCUGAUAUUUCAGCAUAUAAAAGAUAGGAUAUAAAUAGAAUAAGUAUGCCUUAGGCCAGGCCACAAGCUACCAGUGGGUCCUCAAGCACCAGUUGAAGCCCAGUGGUGUACACCAGUGUUUCUCAACCUUUUUCCAACAAUGGCCCCGUUCUGACCUUGUUUCCUUCCUAUGGCCCCUCCCCUCAUGGGCAUAGCUAAGAGGGGGCAGGGGGGCAGUUGCCCCCCCAUAAGUAAAAAUCAAUGCAAAUCUGAAGUUCUGCCCUCCCCCCCUAACAAAAGCCUGCGCCCUAACAAAAAUCCUGGCUAUCCCCUUCCCCUCCCAUCCUACUGAUAGAAAGGUAGCUAUUUAAAUGUUUUGUUUAUAAAUAGAACAUGUUUUGUAUGUAGUUUUUAUAAUUUAUACAAAAUACAAUUAGGUACAUAAAAUGAUAGGAGCAUAUUGAAAUAUUGUUGAAGCAGAAAAACAUAGAAUCAUGGAGCUGGAAGGGACCCCAAGGAUCAUCUUUCUAGUGCAACCCCCUGCAAUGCAGGAAAGGUGCACAGGGAGUUCUGUAUAUAUGGGAGAAUUUAAAAAAGCAAGUGGUCCUCACUGACCUGGUGCAAAAGUACCUUGUCAUCUGAAGGAGCCCUGGCUGCCUAGAUAAAACACUAUAGCCCCCCACACCCUUACCUGGGAGUAAGGCCAACUGAACUCAGUAGACACUUAGUUAUUUACAAGAUGCAAGUCAGCAGCACCAGACGACCCCGCUCAGCUAGGCGCUGGGGUGGCUUGCGCCUUGCAGAGUCAGGCUCAGGCUGCCACUGGGCACAGCACUGACGGCAUCAACAAGCAGCUCCAGCUCUCCCAGCCCUACCCAUUGCCACCCCACCAUCACACUUACCUGACCUGGGGAUUUUGGAUCACAGACUCUACUGGUCAAAACAGGAGCCUCAGCGAUUGCCCUCUUCCGCUGGAAACAAACCAGAACUGCUCCAAGAAAAAAGCAUACAUGGUAAAAAGGAGCUCUAGGCCUUGGUGGGUCUCCCUCUUACCCACUUGUGAUUGGUCAAGCGGAUAGCCAGCCAAUCAGGAUUUCCCCCCUUUGAUUCUCACAUACCUCUGUGGCCUCCUAGCCUCAUGCUGUGGCCCCCAAUUUAUGCGAUUUUCACCUGUGCCCCCCUUGGGAAAUCCUGGGGGGGCCCCAGGGGGCUCUAUGGCCUCCGGUUGGGAAACACUGGUGUACACUGACAGGCAGAUGCUCUCUAGGACUUCAGGCAGGCGCUGUUCCCAGAUCGCUCUGGAGAUGCCAGAGGUUGAAACUGGGACUUCUGCACUCAAAGCACAUUUCCACCAAAAACUGUGACCCUCCCCCUUUUAUUCCUUCCAUAAAUAGAAACCAGUGCCUACUGCAUUUCCUUACUCUUGAUGUCACAGAAGAGUGGAGUUCAGGGUGGGGCUACAUAGGUAGGAGAGGGCGUGGUUCUUAAUGGCUAGGAGUUACUAGAAAGUAGAGUUAGCCCCUCUCCCAGUGUGUCCCUGGGCGCUCUUCUGUAACUUUCUCCAAAAUAAUGGAAUGACAACAUUGGGUGCUAGCUUGCAGUAGGGGUGAAAUCUGCCCAGAUGCCAAGUGGAUCUGGGGAGGUGGGCUUGUAGAGUGCCCUUGGAAAACAAUGAUGAGUAUUUUGCUGAGGUCUCCUUCUGUCACUAAGAGUAUGGCAGGUGGGUUGAUGACACAAGAGUAUCAAAUACUCUCUUAAAGGAGGUUUGGUUGGCUCCAUCUGUGCCUACCUUUUGGCAAGCAGCAAAAAUAUGUUUCAUCUUAUUGUGCUUUUAGAAAGCUUUUUCAUGGACAUUUUGUAUCACUGUAUCGCUGCUGAGCAUUAAAAUUACUGUAAUUGUUGUAAAUGUUUAUUGCCAUGGACAUUUUUAUACUGCACUAAUUAUUUUAAAAUUCUAAGCUGCUUUGGUGAUUUUUCAUACAAAUGGGAAGGUACUUGGAAAUGGAUCAUAUUUAUUGCCACUUUUAUAUCUCAUUCCCCCACCCAAGGAACUCAAAGCAGCGUGCAUACAUCUUUUUCCUCCUCCACCAUCACCACCCUUUCUCCCAUUGUAUUCUCACAACCAUUCUGUGAAAUAGGUUACCCAAUAGGGUCUGGUUCAAGAUCACUGUUUGUUUCAUGGCUGAGCGAGGAUUUGAGCUCAGAAUCAAGAAACAUCCUCCAUUACACCACUGCUGCUUUUGCUCAACCUUCCCUUCCUUAAUAACUAGGGCUAGGAAGAGAAAGUAAUAUUCUUAGGAGCCAACAUUGAAUUUUUAGACACAGCUCUGAUGUCUAGACACCAGCUUCUCAUUCCUAGGGAGUGCACUGUACACACUAAAAAUAUUUGUGUUCUAAUAGACAGGCAGGCAGACACGUCUGUGAGAAGGGGACACACUACAGUGGAGCACCUGUUUGGCAGCUGUGGAUCCCCAUGGCAUACGCUAUUUUACGUGAAGACAUCCUAAUACUUCUAAAGGGAUUACUUAUACUAGAACUAGCUAUUGAAAUGAUUAUACGUAAAGAGUGUUGGUGUAACAUAAAGCUCAAGCUCCUCGUUCCAGUCUUUCAUCUAUUAUGAAAACACUAAGCAAUUUUGAGUGUGCCUCUGACUCUCAGCCCUGAAUCCGCAAUAUAUGAGUAAUGUUACUGAUCCACCUUUCAGGGCUGUUGUAAUGAUUACUAAGAGAAUCUUUGUGAAGCCUAAGGGUUCACACACUAAGGGUUGGUGUCAGUGUGUGUACCAAAUUCCUCUGGAAAUUUUAGAACUGUGUGAUGUUUUGCAGAUACCUAAGGAAUUGCUAUGCCUACCCAGACCUAACAUUUCCAGUUCUUCAAACCAAAGUAAUCGUUUGA